AUGGCAAACAUUGCUGGCCACGCUGCUCAUGUACCUGUACCUUGGCGAGAUCUUCUAUUGGUGCAGCGUAGGUCCUCUGCACAUUGCUCAUGUACCUGUACCACGCUACUCAGGUUGCCUGUUGUUGCUGAAGAAAGUCAUUACCAGGCUCUCUGUUGCGAGCUUGGCAAAAUCUUGGCCGCUCGCGGCCUCGCCGUCACCAUCGUCAUCAUCAAGCCGCCUUACGACACGGGCGCUAUGGGGCCUUUCCUGGCCGGCGUCACCGCGGCCAACCCCUCCAUCUCCUUCCACUGCCUCCCGCCUGCCGAGCACCCGCCCGUCGAGGCCGCCCGCGUCUCCAAUCCGCAGCUCCGGGAAUAUUUUCUAACAGGCGCCUCCCCGGCCAUCCUGGUGGUGGACUUCUUCUGCAGUGUCACCGUGGAUGUCGCCACGGAACUUGGCAUCCCCGCCUACUGCUUCUUCAUAUGCUGCGCCGAGACUCUGGCCAUUUUCUUGUACCUUCCGGUGCUGCACGCUCAGAGCACCGCCAGCUUUCGGGACAUGGGCGCGGAGAUCGUGCGCGUGCCGGGAAUCCCCUCAUUUCCGGCAAUGCACUGCUUCAAGCCGCUCAUGGAUCGUCAUGACGUGGCGUAUAGAGCUUUCCUGAGGGUGUCCCCCUACCUCUGCCGCUCCCAGGGCAUCAUUGUCAACACCUUCCGCUCGCUAGAGCCCCGCCCCGCGGAUGCCAUUAGUGUCGGGCUCUGCACACCUCCCGGCCUCCCGACGCCUCCUGUCUACUGCAUCGGGCCAUUGAUCAAGGCAGAGGAGGUGGGCGUGAAGCGCAGCCGAGAGUGCCUGGCAUGGCUAGACACACACCCCAAGGCCAGCGUGGUGUUCCUGUGCUUCGGCAGCCGCAGCCUAUUCAGCGCAAAUCAGACCAGAGAGCUAGCCAUUGGCCUGGAGGCGAGUGGCAAAAGGUUCUUGUGGGUUGUGCGGAGCCCCCGCAGGGACAUCAACGACCCGGUGAAGAAGCUGGACAAGUUGCCGGAGCCGGACCUCGACGCUCUCCUCCCCGAGGGUUUCCUGGAGCGGACCAAGGGCACGGGUCUCGUCGUCAAGUCGUGGGCACCGCAGCGUGACGUGCUGGCACAGGACGCGGUGGGUGCCUUCGUGACGCACUGCGGGUGGAACUCCGUGCUAGAGACGGUCAUGGCUGGCAUGCCCAUGCUGGCCUGGCCACUCUACGCGGAGCAACGGGUUAACAGAGUGUUCCUGGAGAAAGAGCUGGGUCUGGCCGUGGCGGUGGAAGGGUACGACAAGGAGGUGGUCCAGGCCGACGAAGUGGCGUCCAAGAUGAGGUGGAUGAUGGAGUCUGACGGCGGGAGGGUGCUCCGAGAGCGGACCUUGGCGGCCAUGCGGCUGGGCAAGGAGGCGCUGAUCCCGGGCGGGGAGUCGGUCGUGACCUUGACACAACUGGUGGAGAGCUGGAUGGCUUCACCUUCACAAGGGGGACAAGAUCACGAGGUGGCCUCACUUGAUUGCGCGCCUCUCAUUUCUGUCCAAGAAGAAACGUCAUAG